AUGGCCACCCUAGCAACCGCACGAUGCGCUGAUACACAUUGCUCGAGAGAGGGAGGCUCCAGCAGCACCCCCCCUCCCGUCCGCAGGGACAGCGUGGACCAGAGGCUCGUCACGCAUGGAGUCGCUUCAUUUCUCAGAGAAGCCGAGAGAAACCGGAGGCAGAUUGAAAAGUUGGAGAAAGAGAGGACGUUGAGUGUUCAGUGCAGAAAGAAUGGCUGGACGGAUGUUCAUGGAGAACUGGAAGAGUAUGACAAAGUGCUGGAAGAAGAAAAAAAUGCUGAGAAGAUGAAUCUUCAAAGGCAGCUUGUGAAGAUUCAUAAUGGUGUGAGGAAGUUUCAGAGACAGCUAAUAGAUGUGAAGCCAACUCCUGAGUUGAUUGAAAGACUGAAGGAAAUAAUGUCGGAGGUGGAACUCUCAAUAAACUCCCUAAAAGAGGAACAGCGUUCAUGCUUUGAGGAACUUUUGAAAGAGGAGAGGACAUGCGGACAGGAGAUUGCUGCUUAUGAGAAGAAGAUUGAAAACUUCAGCAUUUCUGUCAAAUCCCCCAAGCUACACACAGCUCCUACUGUCAAGACCAAACCCCCAGACGGAGACCGCCCUCCAGAGGUCACAGCACUGGAGUGUUUCCUGCUGAAGACAGGAGGCGCUUGUGGUGGCUGGGACCAAUAUGACCACCAGGCCUUCCUAAAAGUUUGGACCAAGCACAGUGGGCAACCGGCCUACAGGAAAGAGGCCAAGCUGUACUUGCCUGGUAAAACACUGGAGGAGAUAGAGAAACACGAGGACUGGCAUCAGGAGCUGAUCUACCUACAGGACAAAAAGAGAGAGGCGAUACAGAGGUGGAAAGCCAGCAAGCAUCGGGAACGCCAGAACAGAAUACAGAGUCAGGAGGAGGAGGCGGGGAGGAGGGAGAAGGAGGCCAAGAGCCAGGCCCACCAACACAGGACUGAGGAGGAGAGGAGGGAGGCAGUGCGACAACUGGAAGAAUGGAAGGAAGAGAAGAGAAGGAAUAAAGAACAGGAGGAGGAGCAGAGGCUGGCUGAGGAAAUACAAAAGAGGAAACGGGCAAAGGAAGAGCGUCGCCGGCAGUUGGAAGUGAAGCUAACAAUUGAGGAGCAGUUACGACUGAGGAGAGAGGAGGAGGAAGAACAGAGGAGGAGGGGGAAAGAGGAGGAACAGAGGGAGAUGGACGAGAGGAGAAGGGAGGCAGCAAAGGUCAUCAAACGCUUUAAUGAAAGGGAUAUUAACAAGGUGGAGGCAAAGCUUCAGGAGAAACAGCUGAGGCUAAAAGAGGAAGAGGAAAGACAGAGGAGGAUCACUGCUAAGUUGAAGGAGAAGGUGGAUGGUCAAGUCAGCAGAGACCCCUCCAGGCUUACCCGUCCCACUAAGGGAUGGGAGGAGCGAAUGAAACACAUUGGAUCUUCAGGAGGAGGGCCUGUGCUACAGAUGUUUCACAGAGCUGUUCCAACAUGGAGAGAAGGCCUGUAAUGAGCAACUAUGGAAGACAACCAAACAGUCCUGAAAG